AUGUAUUAUCCGUUAAGAUUAAUUACAAUCAGACAACAUUAUUUUUUAUCCAAGCCUUUGGUUAGGUUUCUAAGCAAUAAAACCAACGAUGAAAUUGUUCCAACUCUUUUGACACAGCAUUUGAAAGUGAAGCCAGUAACGAUGCUUACGGCUUCCAGAUCUCCUGGAUAUGUUGCUUCUCCGCAUUCGAAAUUACAAUCCAUGAUUUGGAGUAAUCCUAUUAGAAAUGUGUUUAUCACGAAAAAACCAGGUACAACCACCACAAGAGAGGCAAUGGUUAAAUUUAUCACUCAUUUGCACGAUUCAUAUCCAGAAAUUAACGUUAUUGUUCAACCACCGGUUAUCAGUGAGAUAUCUAAUGAUUUCAAGACCUUCCCUGAACAAAAUCCAAACCACCCACAUGUACUAUUCACUGGCGAAAAUGAAGAUAUAGUCACUAAAACUGAUUUAAUGGUCACAUUAGGAGGUGACGGUACUAUUUUACAUGCUGUCUCCAUGUUCCACGAUAUGCAGGUGCCGCCAGUGUUAGCAUUUUCUCUUGGCACUUUGGGUUUCUUAUUACCUUUCGAUUUCUCUGAACAUGAGGUAGUUUUUAACCAAGUGAUGAAUUCAAGAGCCAAGUGCCUACAUAGAACCAGGCUAGAGUGUUUUAUUGUUCGUAAAAACGACCCCAAGAAGAUUAGUAAAUUGGUUUCUGUUCAUGCUAUGAACGAUAUUUUUUUACAUAGAGGUAAUGCGCCAUAUUUGGCCUAUUUGGAUGUCUUUAUUGAUGGUGAAUAUUUGACAAGAACCACCGCAGAUGGUAUUGCUCUGGCAACACCAACUGGAUCAACGGCUUAUUCGUUAUCCGCAGGUGGAUCGAUUGUCUCACCAUUAGUUCCAUCCAUUUUAUUGACUCCAAUUUGCCCAAGAUCGUUAUCUUUUAGGCCAUUGAUUUUACCACAUUCUUCUCAUGUGAAGAUCAGAAUAUCAACAAAGUCGACUUAUAACCUGGAAAACAACAAAAUUAAUUUAUCCAUAGACGGUAGACCAUAUGACAGUUUAGAUGUUGGGGAUGAAAUACAUGUUAUCAAUGAAACGGGGACAAUAUAUUUGAAUGGUUCUGAGCUUCCGCCUGAAUACAAUUCACCCGAUCUAUUCAAACGGAAAAGUAAAAUAAAAUACUCAGGUAUUUAUUGUGUUGCCAAAACUGAAAACGAUUGGUCGCUUGGCAUUAAUGAAUUGCUUGGUUUUAAUUCAAGUUUCAGAUUUAAACCUGCAAAAACUAAAAACGACAAACCAAGCAACUGUUCAUUCGAAGAGUAA